UCUGCCGACGUCCCGAGAUACCCUUGCAUUCGACGACAGAUUCGUUCACAUUAUCCGUCCGGGUUAUCACUGUAUUUCCUUCCAAUCGCUCCCGGGUAAAAGCAGUCAAAAGCAACUCCAACCGACGAUCAGGUCGAAGUAAAGCAAUUCAUCCAGCAACCAACACUGCCGACAUAUCCGACUCUUGAAGUAUUGAAAUACUAUCUCUCAUCGAGAUGAAAGGCUGGUUACCCUGAAUCAUUCGGCAAUCAGUUGAAUGUACUCCGUAACCGAGCUUCCGUUCGAGCGCUACCGAGGAUAUUGUCAUUUAUAAAAGGAUAUAAGCGCGGGAAUAACAAACCAUCAUACACACCAUGUCAUUAGAGGCGCUGCGCUAAGUCGGGAGCCUCGAUCUGGACAAGAUUCACGUUUCUCUCGCGUUAGUUAGUCCGUUUAUGCUUCUCCUCAUUUGAGUGAAAGCCCGACUCCGCGAUUUGGGGUAAAUGACACGAUAAUGUUCGUCACAUAUGGGGAAGACCCGUAAAGAGAUCAACCAGACACACGGUACCUGGGGACGGCAUUUCCUGUGUCUGUGAGCCGAUGAAACCAAUAGCAGUACUCCGUAUGAACAUGACUCUUGAUAGCCUCGUUUUUACCACGUUGCGAGCUGAACUUGGUGGAGUUCAUUAGCGGAAUUCUUCCGGCAGUCAUGGCAGUCACUCCACUUAUCAACGACACAAAUUGCAAUUCGGUCGUCAUAUCCACCGCAAGCUUUUCUCUGCUUUAUUACUAAUGCUUCCAGGGUGUUUUCUCGUGGGAAUAACUCCGACGCGCAGGUCCCCUGCUGGUGCUCGUUGAGGCUCAGUACUAGCUGAGCCAGGAUUGAUCCUCCCGCCUUGGCGUGAGCCUCAAAGCUGGCCUUGAACUCCUCCCAGCUUCGCAGACGAUGAUUCUUGAAGUAUCGACUUUCACUUCCUGAUGAAAGACCCUGGCCAAAAUAAACGGCACAAUGCACAGUGGUUUACAUGAUAUGAUUUGAAAUCUCCGCGGGUAUGUACUUGACUCGAACCUGGCCAACCAUUGCCACACAAUUCUCAUCACCAACCUUAUGACGACUGGAUUAUACCCCGGACACUGGCUCCGCUUCGUCUAAAUCAACCCCAAGCACUGUCUCCAGCAUGGUAUAUCCGCGUGCCGACAUAUCCAGCAUUCCCGGGAUAAUAGGCCCUGCAAAGGUUCCGUCACACCAUGUUGGGAACCUCCACACUGGUUACUGGGCCUAUUCUCCACGCCUAUCCUUGAUCCUCGGCCAUUUGGUAAUGUUCUUGCUCAAGAGCUGUUAGUGUCGUGGGUCGUUGAGCUCGGAAGAUAGGCCGCGUUCCAAUGAGCUUGACUACCAUAUUGGACUAUCAGUUCUCAGCCUGUUGUUGAUCCUCCCAAUGUGACCAUUUGGAACUUGCCGUUUCCACACUCCAAGAGACCGAUGGGGUCGAAUGUCCGUUCGUUCGUUCGUCAUCUCAAAGUUGAGUUUGGGGUAGAUCUCGUACCCAAGUGCGAACGAUGGGGAUAUAAAGCCAUGCCCGAGACCGUAUGUGCGUUGACCAGAUCUUUCUCCAGAACUCUACCCCGAAUCUUUCUAUAUAAGUUUGUUUCUCUCGUGUUAAGUGAUAAGCUUAUCACUGCUCAUCUUCCAUAAAUCUUAGUGCAAUACUCAGACGAGAUGUCUUCAGGCACUCCUCCCUCCCAUGGGGCAACUACCCCGACACAGUACACUGAUAAGGAGGAAGGCCACUAUCAUUGCAAUCAUCCCAACCAUUACUAUGAGGAACGAAACAGGAAUAUCCAGAAGCCUCACCAGUCCAUGGUGUCGCAGGUGUACAACCCUUCGUUCUUCAAGGUUGCCAAUCCUGGCCCAUUGGGGUUGAUCAGUUUCGCCUUGACUACCUUUGUCCUCGGCCUCUACCAGUGCGGUGCUGGUCUUCCUGGAUCAAACCCCUUCGGCGGUGUCGGCCCUGACCAAGCCAUCUUUGGUCUGGCUGUCUUUUUUGGUGGCAUUGCUCAGCUUUUUGCCGGCCUUAUGGAGUUCCGCGUCGGUAAUACCUUUGGUACUACCGUCCAUUGUUCCUACGGUGCCUUCUGGCUCGCUUUCGCCAUGUUCUUCGUUCCUGACCUGGGUAUCAAGGACGCAUACAAGGGCGAUGACCGCGCUUACAGCUUUGCAUUGGGCAUCUUUCUAAUUUUGUGGUGCUUCCUCACUCUUAUCUUCUUCGUGGCCGCUCUCAAGACGAACAUUGCCAUCCUCAUUGUUCUCGGUUUCUUGUUCCUCGCUUUCCUCUUCCUCAGCUUGGCUCAGUUUCUGCAGACCACUCACCCUACUGCAGCUAUUCGAAUCAACAAGACUGGAGGCGCAUUUUCAUGCAUCUGCGCCUUCGCAGCUUUCUAUGCAGGUGCGGCUGGUAUUAUGACUGAGGAUACGACAUGGGUUCGCUUCCCUCUUGGCGAAAUCGAUGUCCAGCCCAAGAAGACAAACAUUGCGUAAGCACAUAUACUUCUAAUGUUAGGGGGAAAGCAAAUGGUGGCAGGUUGGAGCGAUGUUUACAAUACAUGGUGUAAUAAGAAUGAAUAAGUACCAAUGUUUAUUAAGGUACCUGAAUGAUAUGAAGAUACAUAUGGAGAUGAAUAAGACAUGAUAUCGGGAAAGACACUAUUCCAAAAUUGAUGACGUCAGGUUUCACUUACCUGAGCCAAGUGUCACAUACGGACAGCAGCUCUUGCUUUUCAGUUGUGGUAUGAUCACAUAGGAAGAAGCCAACGUGAUUUGGUAAUAGUUGCGAUGAGUUUAGCACAAUAUGAAUGUCUAAAUUGAUUUCUUAGUGUAUGAAAUUUGCUCCCUUAGUCUUAUGAUGCAUGCCUUGUAAUCGUACAACAGACCACUGUGAGGUCUGAGCUUCAUUAUAUCCCAUUUGAAUCAUGGCAAGCGUGAGCUUCGUUUACAACUUGCCCUUGACCUCCUCAGCCGCACCCUUCACCUUGCCCUUGGCCUGCUCAGCAGCGCCCUUGGCUUCACCCUUGAGCUCCUGAGCCUUGCCAGCAGCCUCUCCCCGGAGCUCUUGUGCCUUUCCAGUGGCGCUGCCACCAGUCACAUCCUGGGCAACAUCCUUGGCCUUCGAGGCAACGUUUUCUGAACAUCCUUAUUAGCAAUUGUACAUCUUGAGCCAGUUGAUUGUUGAUGACUAACCGCCAGCCUCAAUGCCGUCGACAAUCUUGUCGCUCACAACACGAUCAACCUUCUUGGCAGUGUCCUUGACAGCAUCUGUGGCAGUUCGCUGCAAAGCAAAGCUUGUGGUGAAUGUUCGAGGAGCCUGGAAGGCGAUAACGCGAGGUGCGAGGGCGACACGGCGGAUGACGUUCUCUGUGAGGAAAGACAUGAUGGUGAUUGCUGGUAUUUUGUUGUGGGAGAGUUGAAUUAGUAUCUUUUAUGUUGUGAGGUAAAGAAAAAGUUCAAUUGAUGAAAUUGAGAAGAAUACAGAGAUGAUUUUCAAAGGAGAAAGAGAGACACGG